UCACAAUUGAAACGCUUUCCAAAUUACGGAGCUUCGGAUCCAAACCAUUUAGCUUCGUUAUCCGAACCUGCGUCUUCGUUGAAAAUUUUUCACACUUAUUUUUCUUCGAUCAUCAUCACUUUAUCUCAAACGCGCCACAAACCCUAAACGCGUGCGUGAUUUCACAAACGCGCUUUUUUUCAGAAUCAGUUUUUUUUGCUUCAAUGGUGCAGCUUGUUCUUCGUCACUGGAUAUUUUAAUAAUUUUUAGGUUUAAAUGGUAGUUGCUCGGAGGUGUGUUCUUGGACAUCUUCCUGCUAUGUAGGUUGUAAAAGUAUUUGUUUCUUGGUUAAGCCUUCUUUUAAAUAGUUGUCUGCUUAAAGUUUGUGAGGUGGAUUAUCUAUGCCUGGAAACGAAGCAGUAGACAGGGUCCAUAAUUUUUUUGGUCAAGAAAACUUGUCCCAGGGACAGUAUCAUUCACAAGCGGUUGAUGGGAACUGGCCAGGAAUAAGCAACAAUUUAUGGGUUGGCAGCCAGGGAUCGACUGGUGUGCCUUUUAUUUCCAAUUUGAAGAAUUUUAAUCAACAGCAAUCUGAUUCUGAGCAGGGACACAUAAGCUCUCCACAUUUGCGACAUAGUUUGAACCUGUCACAAUCAAAUUUGAGGCCCGAGUCUGGAAGAAAUCAGAUGCCAAACCAACAAGCGGCUGUAAGUGGCUACAUGCAGGGACAACAGGUUUUUCAGACUAGGCACAAUGGAGCUAAUAUUAUGGGAAUGGAUACAGAAUCUCAUGUCAAUUUUGAUUUCUUUGGAGGUCAACAGCAAGUAAGUGGUCACCAGAAUGGAAUGCUUCAGCCUUUACCUAGACAACAUUCAGGAAUAAAUGAAAUGAAUCUAUUACAGCAGCAAGCGAUACUUAACCAGAUGCAAGAACAACAGAGGCAUCAGCAAUUUCAUAAACUAGAAGCAAAGCAACAGAAUUCUAUGGCCCCAGAUCCGUCUAUUUCAAAACAGACAGUUAAAAGCCAUUCUGCUUCUCCUAUUAAUGGAAUUCCUGUAAAUGAGGCAUCUAACUUCAUGUGGCAGCCUGAUGUGAUGCCAACUAAUGCAAAUUGGCUCCAUCGUGGUGCAUCUCCAGUUAUGCAUGGGUCCUCUAAUGGACUUAUGUUAUCUCCUGAACAAGGACAAGCAUUGCGCAUGAUGGGUUUGGUCCAUAAUCAGGGAGACCAGUCUCUUUACGGGGUUCCAAUACCUGGUUCGGGAGGCGCUCCUAACCUUUAUUUUCACACUCAAGCAGAUAAGCCUGCAAUGCCUCAGGUUUCUUUCCCACAGCAAUAUUCUCAUGUUCACGGGAACAAACCUGCACUGCCACAUAUAGCAGCUGGCAGUAAUUCAUUUCCUGUUCACCAAUAUGGUGCAUUUUCAGAUCAAAUCAACACAAAUGAUGGAACUUUAGUUUCAAGACACGAUAAUCAAGGAAAGAGCAUGUUUGGACCCACUGCUCAUGCUAUAAAUAGCAGAGUGAAUGUGGAAAAUUUGCAGCAAGGGAGUUCUGAGCAAAGAAUUGUACCAAUGCAAGAUUUUCAUGGGAGACAAGAACUAGCUGGAUCUUCAGAGAUGUCAUCACAAGACAAGAUGCUAGUGCAGGUUCCUCCUUCACAGAAUGUAGCUACCCUAGAUCCAACUGAAGAGAAGAUUUUGUUUGGCUCAGAUGAUAGCCUUUGGGAUGGAUUUGGUAUGAAUACAGGUGAUUUUAAUAUGCUGGAUGGUACAGAUAGUUCUAGUGGAUUUCCUUCCCUUCAGAGUGGGAGUUGGAGUGCGCUUAUGCAGUCUGCUGUAGCAGAAACUUCUAGUAGUGACAUGGGCAUCCAGGAGGAAUGGAGUGGUCUUGGUUUUCAGAAUAUGGGGCAAACAUCUGGAAAAGAGCAACCUUCAACUACCGAUGUCAGCAAACGUCAACCACUUUGGGCCGAUAAUAACUUGCAAUCACCUUCCAAUAUAAAUUCAAGACCUUUUGUUCGGCCUGAUGAUGUUAGUAGGCCAACAACCACUGAAAACCAUUGUAGUGUUUCUGGAUUUCAUCAGUCAGGUCUUGAUACUUCAGAUCAACAGCAUGACAGGUCACAAACCGAUUCUCAGAGACCAAUUCCACAGAAUUUAGAAAGAGGCAGGUGGUUAGAUUGCAGUCCUCAGCAAAAACAAAUAUCCGAAGGUGGUCAUAUAUAUGGAAAUGCUACCAACUCUUCAGUUAUAGAAAAAAAUGAAAAGGUAAUAUCAGAUUAUUGGACACAUCAACCAAACAUAUCAUCUUGUAGUGGUAGUGGUGGUCCAUUCAGUAAGUCUAAUGGUUGGGACAUUACAAAAUCAGCCCCAUUUGAUAGUAGUUCUACUUUCAAAACCCAUGAAAAUGAUAAAUCAUUGCAGCACCAUCAUGAGAAAGCCAUGCAUGAGGAGAUGUCUCAGGUGCCUGCUACGUGGGAGCCUGAUUCUGAUACUAAUUUAUCUGUUGGGUCAGAACAUGUAAAAUCUACUGGUAACAUGCAAAUUUGUAGGGAAGAUUCUGGUGUGAAUGGUAUUGCUGCAUCACCAAAUUCUGGACCUGCAUGGCUCAGCCGACAAAGCAGCGAGAAGCUACCUAACGUUGAUGUAUGGAGAGAUGCAGAGUCAGCUGGUAGCUAUAAAAGAAAUGAAGUUCCGGGAAAAUACAAGCAUCAUAUGGAGAACCCUUUAAUUUUAGAAUCAUCUAAGAAUGGAAAAUUUGAAAGUGAUGCAGAUAAGGCGGAUAACUCUAAUAAAAAAGAAAAAUCAGCAGAUGGUCUUGGAUCUAAUCCUUCUCAUUCAAGAGAUGGUUGCACGAGAGAAAAUGCCAAUUUUGAUGGCAAUGAUUUGCAUAGUCCAAAGUCAUCUGGUCAGGUACAUCAAAGAUCUUCUAUAACUCGUAAAGUUCAGUAUCAUCCAAUGGGGGAUCUUGGUGUUGAUGUGGAACAUUAUGGAAACAAUCAGGUCAUAAAUUCACAACCUAUGAACCAUCAACACUUAGGAGGACUUGCAGAUCAGGGCCAUAGCUAUAACUCUCUUGGACAGUCAAAAUAUGGACAUUGUGACAGGAAUGAUAGUGAAACAGAGAAGGGUGAUUCAGAGAGCUUGGAUAAUAAUGUUUCAAAAAGCGUACUCCCUACACAAAUACCAAAAGCAAUGACCUCAAUGGAUAGAAGUGUUGGUAAUUAUGCCUUACAAAAGACUGCUUUGCCCAGGGUUCCUGAAAUCGAAUCUUCAGAUGGAUUUGCUGUACAUCCACAAUGGAAUCGAAGUUAUUCGUCUCAGGGCUUUAGCUUACAAUUGGCUCCUCCUACACAGGGACCUGCCAUGGUAUUUUCUCGUGGCUCAUUAGAUUCAGGUCUUACUACACCACACAUGUCCGAGACAGGGGAUAGGGGCCAUACAAAGUUGGCUACUAAUCAGACUUUUCCUUCUCAAGAGUCAUCUCCUGGGGAGAAUAGGAAUAAUGUUUCUAGUACCACAGGUCAAGUUUUUGAUAUGGCCUCUCAUUACAAUGUGGUAGGAAACAUUCCACAAGCUUUUACAUCUGGCUUUCCAUUCUCCAAGAACCAUACUCAGAAUCAGAUUAUGGCUCAUCUUGGUGGACAAGUAGCAAAUAAUCAGUCGGCUUCCUUGAAUCAGAUAGAUGAAUAUGGUGAAAGAGCUCAAGCUAGUCGACCUGAAAUGGUAUCUACUCAAGACAUGUCUAUGCUGAGUGGUACAGAUCAAAUUCGUUUGAGAGAUCGUGCAAUCCAAAUUUUGGCAGCAGAGUCUGGCAGUCAGCCUUCUGGUACAUAUGGUGCAUCUCUGCAUGGCACCCCAUCGAAAGUUAUACAUAAUUUAUGGACCAGUGUUUCUAGCAGGCAGCAUCCUAACACUUUGAAGGUUCCAUCACAGCCCAAACAAAACGAUUGUGAAAUGAAAGCUGACUCAAAGAAUCUAGGUGAUCAGGGUCAAGAGAAUGAUGGUAAUGAAUUUCCUGCCAUUGGUGGUUCUUCUGCUUACUCCAAUAGCUCUGUACAAAACGUCCUUAAAGAAAUCCCUGAGCAGCGGACAUUGUCUGAGAAUGCUGUUGGGGAUGAAGAGGUUGUAGUUCCUUCACACCUGAAAGAACAUGUCGUGAAAUGUGUGUCUGAUGCAUCUCAACCAAGCCUAGCUGCGACUUCCAUAAACAAUGAGGCUCUAGGUCGGUCUUUAAGACCAAACAAUGUUUUGAAUCAUAAUUUCUCCUUGCUGGGUCAAGUUCAAUCAAUGAGGAACAUGGAGAUUGAUCCUAGUAACCGGGAAGCCAAGAGAUUGAAAGUUUCAGAUAAUAUGGACAAACAGCAGGUUGAUUCCAACUACGGUCAACAGUUGUCAUAUGUGGUUAAAGAUGCAUCUGGAAAUAAUUCUUCCAUUCCAUCCAAUAUAUCACACUUGUCAGCAAAGCCACAUGAUGGACAUGACACUAAUGCAACUUCUCAGGAGGUAAUUGGAGAUGAUCAGGAAAACUAUCUUAAUGUUUCAGAUAGUAAUAAAGCAAUUUCUACCAGAAGUGGUCAUUCUCUGAUAAAUCCUCAGAUGGCACCAUCGUGGUUUGAACAAUAUGGAACUUUUAAAAAUGGUGCGACAUUGCCGAUUUAUGAGGCACAAAAGAUAACUGCCACUAAGAUGGACCAACCUUUUAUUAUACCAAACCAAUCAGAUAGUCUGCAUUUCCAAAAUUCAACAGAGAGAGUUAAUAGUCUUGGCGAUGCUCAACUUGGUAGCACCAGGCACUGUCCAAUGCUUGCUUCAGUUGGAAGUGAGAAUGUAUGUUCUCAGUUAUCAAUUCCUAUGGGUGAACCUGAUUUACAUAAUUUGAGACCAAAGAAGCGGAAAAGCGCCACGUCUGAACUUCUGUCUUGGCAUAAAGAACUGACACAGGGUUCUGAACGGCUUCGAGAUCUCAGUGAGGCGGAAUUAUUGUGGGCCCAAACUGCAAAUAGAUUGAUUGAGAAGGUUGAAGGUGGUGCUGGGGUAGUUGAAAAUCUAUCUGCGACGGUGAAGUCAAAAAGAAGACUUGUGUUGACUACGCAACUUAUGCAGCAACUACUAAACCCUCCUCCUGCAGCAGUUCUCGUAGAAGAUGCGAAGGUGCAUCAUGAAAGUGUGGUCUACUCUGUUUCCAGAUCAACAUUAGGAGAAGCAUUCAGUUCUAUCUCAUGGUCUGGAUGCGAUACUUUACCUCCUGGUAGCAAAAACCUACUGCCAAAAAAACGGACAUCAUCUGAUAAUGUUGAUCAUUGCAUUUUUAAAGUUAUGGACUUUGCUGAGAGAACAAGGAAACUGGAAGAUGACAUAUUAAGAUUGGAUGGCAGAGCCUCAAUUUUGGACCUGAGAGUGGAGUGUCAGGAUUUAGAAAGAUUUUCUGUGAUCAAUAGAUUUGCCAAAUUCCAUGCACGGGGACAACAUGAUGGGGCCGAGACCUCAUCAUCCUCCGAUGCAAGUGCUAAUUUUCAAAGAUUGUUUCCCCUGAAAAUUGUUAAUGCAGUUCCAUUGCCUAGGAAUCUCCCAGAUAGGGUACAAUGUCUUUCACUUUAAUAUUAAUUAAUUAAUUCAUUAUUCCAUCCAGUGGCGGAUCUUGCCCAAAAUAUUGGGGUGCGCGAUAAAUACCAACUAAUUUUUUGUCGGAUAAAACAAAUUUGAUUAGCAAAAUGCAUCAUCUCAAGGGUUACUUUCA